AUGAUUGAUCUUGUCAAUUUUAUAUCCAUCCUUCUAUGUUCAUUUCUCACCUCAAAAAUCAUUACCUUAUGGUUAAAAAAAGGGACUCAAGAACAGGCCCAAAAGCUCCCUCCUGGACCUCCAAGAUGGCCCAUCUUUGGAAAUCUUCUCCAGUUGGGCCAGUUACCUCAUAGGGAUUUUGCUUCAUUAUGUGAAAAAUAUGGGCCGUUGGUUUAUAUCCGGCUCGGUAAGGUCGACGCCAUCACCACCAAUGACCCAGAUAUCAUACGUGAAAUUCUUUUGCAACAGGACGAAGUAUUUGCCUCUCGACCUCGAACACUAGCCGCAAUUCAUUUGGCUUACGACUGUGGCGAUGUAGCAUUGGCUCCACUCGGCCCGAAAUGGAAGCGAAUGAGGAGAAUCUGCAUGGAGCAUCUAUUGACAACCAAACGGCUCGAGUCUUUCUCAAGCCACCGGGCCGAUGAAGCCCAACAUCUUGUUCAAGAUGUAUGGACCAUGGCCCGAAAGGGAGAUGCAAUAAAUUUGAGGGAAGUUUUGGGUACAUUCUCCAUGAACAAUGUAACAAGAAUGUUAUUGGGGAAGCAAUAUUUUGGGGCCGAAUCUUCGGGCCGGCAAGAAGCCAUAGAAUUCAUGCACAUUACUCACGAAUUGUUUUGGCUUUUAGGGUUGAUUUAUUUGGGUGAUUACUUACCUUUUUGGAGAUGGGUCGACCCGUAUGGUUGUGAGAAGAAAAUGAGGGAUGUGGAAAAAAGAGUUGAUGAUUUUCAUGCAAAGAUCAUCGAAGAACAUAGAGAAAGAAAGAGAAAAGAUGAUGAAAGUGAAAUGGAUUUUGUUGAUGUUUUAUUAUCUUUGCCAGGUGAAGAUGGAAAAAAGCAAAUGGAUGACAAGGAGAUUAAAGCACUUAUUCAGGAUAUGAUAGCUGCUGCGACCGACACUUCGGCCGUGACCAACGAAUGGGCAAUGGCGGAGGUGAUCAAGCAUCCACGUGUACUCUACAAGAUUCAACAAGAACUUGAUACAGUCGUAGGGUCUAGUCGAAUGGUGGUAGAGUCGGAUUUGACACAUCUUAAUUAUUUACGUUGUGUUGUACGUGAAAUUUUCCGAAUGCACCCGGCUGGACCAUUUCUCAUCCCACAUGAAUCGACCCGAGCCACUGUGAUCAACGGCUACUAUAUUCCGAAGAAAACACGCGUCUUCAUCAACACUCACGCCCUAGGACGAAACACUAAGAUUUGGGACGAUGUGGGCGAGUUUAGGCCGGAGAGACACUUAUUGGCUGAUGGGAGCCGAGUUGAGAUUAGCCAUGGAGCCGAUUUUAAGAUAUUGCCAUUUAGUGCUGGCAAGAGAAAAUGCCCCGGCGCGCCACUUGGUGUGACGCUGGUGCUUAUGGCUUUGGCUCGGCUUUUUCAUUGCUUUGAUUGGAGCCCACCUGAUGGAUUGAAGCCUGAAGACAUUGAUACAAGUGAGGUUUAUGGAAUGACUAUGCCAAAAGCCAAUCCACUAAUUGCUGUUGCUAAGCCACGUUUGGCAGCUCAUUUAUAUCACUGGUUACAUUAA